CUCCAGCCGUUUUGGCUGUGGCGGUGAGGGCCCGCAGAGAUUCCGCAGGCGCACUUCAGAGCGGCUCGUCUGCGGGGAGCCAUGUCCGGGCUGUGAGCAGCUCGGGCGUUCGGCAAGGCGACGUGCCCUGCAUGGGGCCUCUUGCGGUUCUUCGUGCAAGGGGGACCUUUGGUGAGGUCAAGGACACCAUCGAGGCGGAUUCCAUGCGGGUCCAGGCGACGAUGGGGGACAUGUUGGAGCCCGUGAGCGGGGUCGACAGCGGCUUGGAUCGGGACUCCGAGAUAGAGGAGGUCGGGACGACGCCGAGGCUGCCGACGGUGCCGCACACCUUCGAGGUCGCUAAGCAGGAGAGCGCCACGGAGAGCGAGGUGGAGCUCGGCAAGCAGCAGCGCCUUGGCUCCGUGAUCAAGGCCAACCAGGAGGCCUACUCGCGGGCUGUCGCUGCGCGCGCCGCCCGCCUGGCCCAGUGGCGGCUCGCCACCGAUGUGCUGGUGGGCGAGGUGCUGGAGGCCCCUGUCGGGGCGGCGGAGGUGCAGGUCGAGGGCUGCUCCGAGGUGCCGUCCGUCGCGGCCCAGGAGGUCCAGGGGUUCGAUGAGGCGACUGUGGCGCUGAGCGAGUCCCGCUACCAGAGGGCGAAGGCCACGGGGCUCGGCGGGGUGCACUGGGACAGCUUCGCGCCGCGCUUGGCCGCGUUGACGCUCCUGGCCGCAGUUCCACCCGAGGGCUGAGUGGGCGGCAGCUACGCGUAGUUGCUGGGCUCGGCUCGAAAAACUUGUUAUUUCUGGGGACGGCCUGGGGGCUGCCUCGGUUCGGGCCGCGGGGUCCUGGGUGCGGCCCUGGUGGCUUCGUUCGGUUGCCCGUGGGUCUCCGUCCCCGCGGGGGUGGUGGGGCCUUGGCCACGGUUCUCCCCUCUUGGGAGGUCCGUCGCUGUGGUGCACCCACCCGUCUGGAGAAGCCCUUGGGCUCCUCGUCGCCACUCCCGCUCGCGAGCCGCAGCGUCGACGGGUGGACUUUUGUCCGCCCAACCCAUACCCAUACCCAUACCCAUACCCAUA